GGUGUUGGAGGUGGUGUUUCCUGCUACUUGCGUGCACCUCCCCUUUCUCUUCCACCUCCUCCUCUGUGAUACGCGCAGGAGAGCUCAGUUGGAUGGAGACUCCAGACUUCCGCGGUUCUUCGACGAAACCGAGCCGGCGUUUGUUAUAAAUGAAGACAUCGUUCAUACCUAGGUUCAUCUGCUGUGCUGUUCUCCACCCCGCCUGACGCUUAAUACAAAUACCCGUCAAGUCGCUUUGAUUACCUUAAGUGGCGGUCUCAGUGGCUCUUAAGCGGCUGCACAAGAGACUCUUGGAAUAAAACCGACUCAACUCCAGCGAGGCCACAUUGAAGACUCAGACACAUGUAGGAAAAAUGAAGACAAGCGAUGACCUGCAGCUUAAUUUCACUAAAUUCUUAUGGGUGAAACAAAGCUUUUUUUAGAGAGUAAUUUCCUUGCUUCUAUUUCUACAUGCCUGCUGUGAUUCUCGGUCACUAUGUCACUAUCAGACUGCAAAAAUGGGAGCAACACUCCAAGGCUCCAAAACCACCUUCACAGCUUGCACAUUGCUGAAAACUAUGCAAAACGGCCCGUCCGGACGUUUUUGGACUUCAGGGACACAAAUGUGGCUGAAAAUCUGGACAUCAAACAUGUUCCUAUGCUGUUUUUCAAGAACCUACAGCGCAUCUCGAAAAUCAAAGUGGUUAGCUUCCUCCUGGGCUUGACGUUGACAUUUUUCAUUAUGGCUUCUUACGUCCUAAUGUGGGAUAAGAAAGGACCUUUGUUCACUCCAUCACCAUAUCAGCUCAGACCUGCAGCCAUCCCGACCAGCACAACAGCAACAAGAGCUUCUUCUAAAAAGAACCCAGUAAACGUGAAAGUGCUUGUAAAGCUCAUCAAACAGGAGUACACACCCAGGAAAGUGCCUGAUGAGAAGGAUGUCAUUGCAACAGACUCUCAUCUUUUUUCAGUGAUUCCUCACCGUUUCUUGCCUGGUAUCAAGAGCCCUUGCUGGUACGAGGAGUUCUCCAGUAAACCUGGCAAUGACCUGUACAGGAAGAACCUCUUCACACUGCGCUCAAAGUCCUUCAAGACUGUGUGUGACCGCCUGAGGGCCAAUUUCCACAAGCAUUUAUACCACAAAGAUGGGAAGGACUUUCGUCUGCGGUGCCUGCCAUACUUCUACAUUAUUGGUCAACCAAAGUGUGGCACGACUGACUUGUUUCACAGAAUGCUACUUCAUCCAGAAGUCAAAUUUAACAUAAUGAAAGAGCCACACUGGUGGACCAGGAAACGGUUUGGUUAUAUCCGUUUCAAAGAUGGCUUCCAGGAAAGUUUUCGUGUGGAAGAUUACCUGGAUCUGUUUGACUUGGCAGCCCACAGCAUCCAAGAAGGAAUCACUGGAAAUUCAUCUGGACACCACCGUGCACUCCAGCUCAUAACAGGUGAAGCCAGUGCAUCCACUAUGUGGGACAACCAAGCCUGGAGCUAUCUUCAUGCAGACAAGGAGACAGAGCCCCCCUUCCUGGCCCAGGACUUUAUCCAUGCAGUCCAACCCGAUGCCAAAAUUAUCAUAAUGCUCAGAGAUCCAGUAGAGAGGCUCUAUUCUGACUACUUGUAUUUUAAGACGGCCAACAAGUCUGCAGAGGACUUUCAUCAGAAGGUCAUAGAGUCUGUGCAGUUGUUUCAGUCCUGUGUCUCUGAAUGGUCACUGCGUUCCUGCGCCUACAACACCAGCCUCUUCAACGACAUGCCAGUGAGAUUAAAUCUGGGGAUGUACAUCAUCUUCUUACUGGACUGGCUGAGUGUUUUCAGUAAGGAACAAAUCCUUGUUCUUCGACUGGAGGACUAUGCAGCAAACCUUAAAGAGACAAUCCAAAAAGUUUUUGAUUUUCUGAGUGUAGGUCCUCUGUCACAGCAGGUGGAGGCAGCACUGACCAAACAGCCUAUGUCUAACACUCGGCGGGAGGAAGACCGGAGUCUUGGUCCUAUGCUUCCGGCUACCAGGAACAUCCUCAGGAAUUUUCACCAGCCUUUCAACCGUAAACUGGCCAGUCUGCUGGACAACAAGGCCUUUCUCUGGAAUAACUCCUGAAGGAGCACAAGCACUGAUAAAAUUCUUGUUUGAGAUAUUUAUUUGCUUUUGGAAUAUUGUGAGCCUUCGAGAUAAGAUAACAAUAAAAAUAAUUGAAUUUG